CUAGAGACUUAUGCUGAGGAUGCGAUCCAGGAACUUUCCAAGGAAUUACACGGCAAGCCUGAUCUCAUCAUCGGAAACUACAGUGAUGGGAACAUUGUGGCCUCAUGGAUGGCACACAAAUUGGGUGUUACACAGUGCACCAUUGCCCAUGCCCUGGAGAAGACAAAGUACCCUGAUUCUGACCUUUACUGGAAGAAAUUAGAUGACAAAUAUCACUUCUCAUCCCAAUUUACAGCUGAUCUUAUAGCCAUGAACCAUACUGAUUUCAUCAUCACCAGUACCUUCCAAGAGAUUGCUGGAAGCAAGGACACAGUUGGCCAGUACGAGAGCCACACUGCUUUUACUCUUCCUGGGCUUUACCGUGUUGUUCAUGGUAUUGAUGUCUUCGAUCCCAAGUUCAACAUUGUUUCACCAGGAGCAGACAUGAGCAUUUACUUCCCUUACUUUGAGAAGGAAAAGAGGCUGACAUCAUUCCACCCUGAAAUUGAAGAGCUCCUUUACAGCCAAGUUGAGAACAAGGAACACUUAUGUGUGUUGAAGGACAGGAACAAGCCAAUCAUCUUCACAAUGGCAAGGCUGGACCGUGUGAAGAACAUUACUGGACUUGUUGAGUGGUAUGGUAAAAAUGCCAAGCUUAGGGAAUUGGUUAACCUUGUUGUGGUUGCCGGGGACCGCCGAAAGGAGUCCAAGGACAAUGAGGAGAAGGCUGAGAUGAAGAAGAUGCAUGAGCUGAUUGACACCUACAAGUUGAAUGGGCAGUUCAGAUGGAUUUCAUCCCAGAUGAACCGCGUGAGGAACGGUGAACUCUACCGUGUCAUUGCUGACACCAAGGGAGCUUUUGUGCAGCCUGCUGUGUAUGAAGCCUUCGGCUUGACUGUUGUUGAGGCCAUGACCUGUGGACUUCCAACAUUCGCUACUUGCAAGGGUGGCCCUGCUGAGAUUAUUGUGCAUGGCAAAUCUGGCUACCACAUUGAUCCGUAUCAUGGUGAUCAAGCUUCGGAGAUCCUUGUUGACUUCUUUGAGAAAAGCAGGGCAGAUCCUAGCCACUGGGACAAGAUUUCUCAGGGUGGCUUGCAGCGUAUUUUUGAGAAGUAUACAUGGCAAAUCUACUCAGAAAGGCUCUUGACUCUCACCGGAGUUUAUGGCUUCUGGAAGCAUGUUUCUAACCUUGAUCGCCUUGAAAGCCGUCGAUAUCUUGAGAUGUUCUACGCCCUCAAGUAUCGCAAGCUGGCUGAGUCUGUUCCUCUUGCCGAGGAGGAGUGAAGGGAAAGCUAAAGAGUAAAUAAAGAGGCGGAAGCUUUGGUUGGCUAAGAGUGGAGUUUUCCUCCCUAGUAUGAGGAUUGUUUUUGGAUAUAUUUUGAACUAUUUUUUUUUCGUUUCUUUUGGAAUUUUCAUUUUACAUUCCUAUUGGAAAUGUUUGAACCUGGGUUUUUAACCCCAUUAAUCAAUUGAAGUCAACUUUGCUUCA